UUCAACCGGAUGACAUUGAUUAUUUUUGCUUUAGCGUGAAAUUUACUCGCUCACUCAACAUUGUUAGGUUAGGCGCGGAGCGCCUCAAUCAAACAGAACUAAUUUAUUAUUACUAUGUAUUUUAUCAGUGUUUGUUAUCAGUUCUGCAUAUGUAUUAAAUUAGAUAUCUAAAGAAAAUCCAUGCAUAAAUAUUGAUUGAAUGUGUAAAUAAGAAUAUAUAUUUUACUGAAACCGUUCUUUUUUAUUAAUAAUGUUAAAAAUAAUUAAUACAAGUAAUGUAUAUAAUGUGUCCUUUAAGAAGAUAAGGAUGUUUAGUAAUUUUGUGAAAAUAGUUGAAGUUGGUCCAAGAGAUGGAUUACAAAAUGAACAAACUAUUGUGCCAACCAAAGUUAAAGUUGAAUUGAUCAACAAACUAUCACAAACUGGAUUAAAACAUAUAGAAGUCACAAGUUUUGUAUCUCCAAAAUGGAUCCCACAAAUGGCAGAUAAUAUGCAAGUUUAUCAAACAAUUAAGAAAAGAUCAGAUAUCUCAUAUCCAGUAUUAGUACCAAAUAUAAAAGGUUUAGAAAAUGCAUUGAAAGUAGGUGUAAAAGAAAUAGCUGUUUUUGGGGCAGCAUCUGAGUCUUUUUCAAAAAAAAACAUUAACUGUUCUAUCGAGGAGAGUAUGAACAAUAUUAAAACAGUUGUUGAAGAAGCACAAAAUCAUGAUAUUAAAGUUAGAGGCUAUGUAUCCUGUAUCGUAGGCUGUCCUUAUGAAGGUCAAAUUAAACCAACAGUUGUAGCCAAUUUAGCUGCAUUUCUGUUACAAUGUGGAUGUUAUGAAAUCUCUUUAGGAGACACUAUUGGUAUAGGAUCUCCUAAUAAAAUAAAGCAAGUAUUACAUGAAUUAAAACAUGUAUCAAGCAAUACAAAUAAAUUUGCAAUUCAUUGUCAUGAUACUUAUGGUCAAGCUUUGGUAAAUAUUUAUGCUAGUCUUGAGGAGGGUAUCAGGAUUUUUGAUUCAUCUGUUGCUGGAUUAGGAGGUUGUCCAUAUGCACCUGGUGCUUCUGGAAAUGUUGCUACUGAAGAUUUACUUUAUUUUUUACAUGGACAAGGUUUAGAAACUGGAGUAGAUAUCAAUGAAAUAAUAUCAAUAGGAAAUUUCAUCAGUAAUCAACUUCAAAGACAAAAUCAUUCUAAAGUUGGUAUUGCACUUCUUGCAAAGGAACAUUUAAAAAGCUGUUUUCAUUACCAUCAUGGGAAGUAACAAAAUAUUAUGGAAGAGUAUGUAUAUAUCAAUUAAAAUGCUUAAAAUAUAAAGUUCAAACGAGUGAAGCAUGGUUUAAUUUUAAGUGCAAAUUUAUGCCAGGUAGUUUACACAAUGAAAUAGAAUGUGAAGAAACUAAGCAAAAACAGGUUGAGGAUAAAAGUAAACAACAAGUAAAAAAGAAAGUGCCACUUGAUGUAACAGAUCACAAAAAGCAAAAAGAAUUACAAGCCUCUAAAAAUAAGGAAAAUGUAAAAACUUCAUCUACUGAUAUAAAAGCCACUCAUAUAUCAAAGAAACAUCAGAAACCUGACAGUAAAAAAUAUCAAGAAGAAGAGGACUACUAUAUGCGCGAUGAGUUUAGAACAAAAAAACAAAGAAAAGCAUAAUUUGCAUAUAAUCUGAAUUAAUAAGUAAAAUGCGCUUAAUAUCUUUAGGAAAGCUUCCUCAAAAAAUAUGAAGAAUUUCAACAUUUUAAUUUGCCAAUUUGCAAUUUUUAUUACUUAUAUUUGUAUA